GCCGGCGGCGGCCGCCGCAUCAGGUGACAGCCCGGAAGCCGCGGAAGCGGAUGAAGAAAGAGCGGCCCUGGCCGCGGGGGGCGGCGCGGAGCUGCGGGAGCUGCUCGCCUCCUCCGGGCCCCCUGCGCUGCCCUCAUGCGGCCCUCUCGCUGACACCUGAGGUCCGCCGCUCUUGGGCCUCCGAGGACCGUAGGGUCGUCCGGCCCUCCGGCCUUGGCGGUUGAAGUCGUCGUGGUGCGGGACCCAUGGAGAAGGCCGGGCGCGGUGGUGAGGUCGGCCCCCGGGGGCCCGUCCUGCACAUCGUGGUCGUCGGCUUUCACCACAAGAAGGGCUGCCAGGUUGAAUUCUCUUACCCGCCCCUGAUUCCAGGAGAUGGACAUGACAGCCACACUUUACCUGAAGAAUGGAAGUAUUUGCCCUUCCUUGCCUUACCAGAUGGCGCACACAAUUACCAGGAAGAUACUGUGUUUUUUCACUUACCACCCAGAAAUGGAAAUGGAGCCACUGUAUAUGGUAUUUCUUGCUAUCGACAAAUUGAAGCCAAGGCAUUGAAAGUAAGGCAAGCAGAUAUCACCAGAGAAACUGUUCAGAAAAGUGUCUGUGUUCUAAGCAAGCUGCCCCUCUAUGGCUUACUUCAGGCGAAACUUCAACUCAUCACACAUGCGUAUUUUGAAGAAAAGGAUUUUUCCCAAAUUUCCAUUCUAAAGGAGCUUUAUGACCAUAUGAAUAGUUCCUUGGGUGGAACUUCAUUGGAAGGAUCCCAAGUAUAUCUUGGUCUGUCUCCUCGAGAUCUUGUCCUUCAUUUUCGACACAAGGUUUUAAUCCUGUUUAAGCUAAUUCUUCUUGAAAAAAAGGUUCUUUUUUAUAUUUCUCCAGUGAAUAAAUUGGUGGGCGCACUGAUGACUGUGUUAUCCCUUUUUCCAGGCAUGAUUGAACAUGGUCUCAGUGACUGUUCUCAGUACAGACCCCGAAAGAGCAUGUCUGAAGAUACUGGGCUUCAGGAAAGUAAUCCUCCUGCAGAUGCUUUUGUUUCUGGGCCAACUUCUAACAUCUCAAAUACCAAUUUGGGAACUGUCAAGAAAAUCAUGGCAGGAAACCAUGGAGGAGAUGCUUCCAUCAAGACUGAAAAGCCUUUUUUCCAACUAGAACACGACAACAGUAAAGGACAGGAACCCAGUGAUACUAAUCAAUAUUUGAAACCUCCAUCUCGUCCAUCUCCAGAAUCUUCAGAAAGUGACUGGGAGACCUUGGAUCCUAGUGUCUUAGAGGACCCCAACCUGAAAGAAAGGGAACUGGUGGGGUCAGAUCAGACAAAUUUAUUUCCAAAAGAUUCUGUGCCCUCAGACAGUCCUCCAAUUACUGUACAACCUCAAGCCAAUACCGGGCAGGUGGUCCUGAUACCGGGGCUUAUUUCAGGUUUGGAAGAGGAUCAGUACGGCAUGCCCCUGGCCAUCUUCACAAAGGGAUAUCUGUGUUUGCCCUACAUGGCAUUGCAGCAGCAUCAUCUUCUCUCUGAUGUCACCGUGCGGGGAUUUGUUGCUGGAGCUACUAACAUCCUUUUUCGACAACAGAAACACCUCAGCGAUGCCAUUGUAGAAGUAGAAGAAGCUCUGAUCCAGAUCCAUGAUCCAGAACUCAGGAAGCUGCUUAACCCAACCACUGCAGACCUAAGGUUUGCUGAUUACCUGGUGAAGCAUGUGACUGAAAACCGGGAUGAUGUCUUCUUGGAUGGCACUGGCUGGGAGGGAGGUGAUGAAUGGAUCCGGGCCCAGUUUGCAGUCUACAUCCAUGCCCUACUGGCUGCUACACUGCAGUUAGAUAAUGAAAAGAUAUUAUCCGACUAUGGAACAACUUUUGUUACAGCAUGGAAGAAUACUCACAACUACAGAGUAUGGAACAGCAACAAGCAUCCAGCACUUGCAGAAAUAAAUCCAAACCAUCCAUUUCAAGGCCAGUACUCGGUGUCAGACAUGAAGUUAAGAUUCUCACAUUCUGUUCAGAAUAGUGAACGUGGCAAAAAAAUUGGAAACGUCAUGGUCACAACUAGCCGGAAUGUCGUACAAACAGGAAAAGCUGUUGGUCAGUCAGUUGGAGGAGCUUUUUCCAGUGCAAAGACAGCUAUGUCUUCGUGGCUUUCUACCUUCACCACUUCUGCCCCGCAGAGUCUCCCUGAGCCACCCGAUGGGAAGCCCUGAGGCUGGCAGCAGAGGAUGCAUGGCUGUCUUAGGUGUUAAGUGCUCCUUUCCAUCUGCUGCUCUCAACCUCUCCUUCACUGGCCCUGGGUCCACAGUAGGGGACCGAGAUGUAGAACUGUUUACAUGGACAGUUGCCCUCUUUCUAAAUGAAGAUCACAGGAUGCUAAAAAGAUGGAAUCACAUCUACAGCAGGGAUGGGCUUUCCAGGUUGGGGUUUAAAUUGACUACUUUUAUUUCAUUCUGAGCCUGAUUAAAACACACAAUGAACCAUCUAAUGAACUUUAAAUUCUGAGAUUGUACAUUUGUUUACUUUAGAAUAGUUUUUACUUAUGUAUAUUUUGUUCUGUUUUGCUAUUGAAUAUCUAGAUGGUCAUCGUAAUUUAUAUUUGCUAAAAUUAAGUUAUAUUACUAUUUUAAUUUCUCUAAAGUUGGCCCUAAAAUGUGUUUAUAAAGUUGACAGGCCACACAGUUCAGCCUUUAUUUUCCUUAGAGGACAAUUUUUGGUUUGUUUUCUAACCACAAAACACGUUUAGCAGUUCAUUUCCUCCCAGAACUAUGAAUGUCAGAAGGGGAAGUGCUGAGACUAGAGUGUCUUAUUUCAGGUUUUUAAUUUGCUCUUUCCUAACAAACUUGCUUUGAAGCAGCCAGGAGUGCCAGUGUGCUCCCAUCCUCUUGCCGACUGAGCCAGUGAGUGUGCAGAGAACUAGCACAGUGAUGGUGACAGUGGUGUUGAAGCAGUUUGACAUGAAUGUGUCUGCAGGGCAGUACUCUCAAAGACCCGUAUGUUACUUUUGUCAACUUCAGUCAUGGUACUGUCCUUACCAACAUUUUUUUUUAAUCCAAAGUUUGUGACUUCUGUUUCUUGUUUUGAAUAGUUUUCCAUUAGUCUUGUUUUUGUUUGAGGGGGGGUGUUUUGUUUCUUGGCACUGCUGGGGAUUGAACCUUGGGCCUCACACAUGCCAGGUGAGUGCUCCACCACUGAGAUACGUUCCCAACCCAGUGUUUUUCUUCACAAAGUUUUUCAAGGUACUUGGCCUUCCCAGUUCCUUGACAGUCGUCUUGUAAUCAGUCCCUGCCCCCUUCUUAAAAAGUUUGUAAAAUAAAAAUAAAAUGAUUCAUAAAUACUAAGUAGAAAUCUCAACAUAGCUCACAUUUAGAAAAGCAGGAGGCAAGAGAAGAAAACUACAGCCAUGCCCUCAGUCACCUAUUUCCUAAAGGAUGUCUGUUUUAGGUUGCCACAUGCAUGUGUGUGCUGCUUGCUGAUUAUCUGUACACAGCUAGAGCUCAGGUGUUUGCCUGCUCAGUUCAUUUGUUUUUCAAGGGGACUUGAAUGAUGUUCUCAGGGAGUGCUCAUGGGGAACAGAUUGCCUUUUCAGUAACAAAGGACACUUGGACAGUCAUUGUGAGUAUAGCCUACAUAGGCUAUAGCACGUAUUGGGGAAAUAAGGGACCUAAUUAAGGACACUGAUUAUAUUUGAUUAUUUGAUUUAUCCCUUUUAAAAUGUUUGUUUACAAAGGAAAUUCUCCUAAAGCUUGGGAAAUGAACACAGAGGCAUAAUCUAAAUAUCCUUAAAUUUUCCAGUUUGUGCUACCCAAGUCUAAUAAAUCUAAAGGCAUAUUUAUGUUGGAGCUUAACAACUCAAGAAAUCAGCCACGUGCAGUGGCACAUACCUGUAAUCCCAGUGACUUGGGAGGCUGAGGCAGAAGGAUCACAAGUUGGAGGCUGGCCUCAGCAACUUGGCAAGACCCUGUCUCAAAAAAGACUGGGGAUGUAGCUCAGUGGCAAAGCAUCCCUGGUUUCAAUCCAUAGUUACCCUCUACCGCCCCCCCCCAAAAAAAAAACCUCGAGAAUUUAGUGAUGAUAAAUUAAAGGGCUUAAUGUGAGAACUUCAUUAUUUCAUGUUAGCCAAGAAAAUUAACCUCAGGAAAUAUUUUAAGAUAAGAAAAUAAUACCAAACAGAACCUUAAAAGGUACUUUAAUCAGUGUUGUGCUGAGACUAUAAAGAAUUCAUUUAAGAUCUCAUCUCAUUUCAAGGCCACAUGAUUAGUUGGAGCAUGAUAGUAUAUUCAUGUGCAGUCGUUACCUCUCAACUGCCAGAAGGUCACACUGCCAGAAGCUGAGAGCCCUCUGUGAAGGGUCAGCCAGCAAGACACUGGUUCCUCCUUUAGUUUGUGCCAGGUUUGUAUGACAGGUGUAAGAUUCCCAUCUCCCAUCCAAAAUCAAUCCAACCCAUAUCUUGGAGACCACUGAAGUAAAAAUAGUUAAACAAAAUUUAACUUUGCUUUUAUAUCACUUGUUCCUCGAUUGAAUGUCUAUUUUAAUUGGACAUUUAAUUAAUGUUUCAAGUUAAGAGUUUAACUCUUAAGUAAGCACUUAAAUAUCUUAGAAGAUAGAACUUUUAGCAGAAAUGGUCAGGUUCUGGGAAGUACUGGAGUUUUCAAGAUUCAUAGGCCAUUAUAUUGUUUGGAGGAGCCCCAAGACAGCAGUGUUUUGAGGGCAAGAAGGCUGGCCCUUGUCCUGGCAGCCCACAUAAUUCAGACUCACAUUCCAGGCUCCAGCCUAGUGACCAGUUCAGAAGCAGUAGCCCCUCUCCAGACACUGGUUCUGGGAGCAUUAGAGACCACUGGGGCUGUCUCCUUACAUCACAUCAAUAAAAGGUGUACCUGUUGGUGGCUACACUUUCUCCAGUGAUUGCCAAGAACUGAGUAUUUUUAACUAGACUCGAGGGAGCUAGAGUCAGCCAGCCAUUCUCAGGUGUGCAGGCACACAGGCCGUAUCUAUAACUGGAGGUAGUUUUGUUGCUGUCCAGGUGACUUAAAGUAGUGUUUGAGGAAAAACCAUAGCAUAUUCCUACCAGGCACUGUAAUAACAACGGCAUAGGUAAGGUGGGGAGAUCUAAGGCUGAGUCUGGGCUAGAUAAAUAGAAAAAGUUGCAUGUUGCAAAGGCUUAGAAUGAUUUUGUGUAUGUAUUUGGCUCAUGUGACCAGUAUGAAUAGUGUAUCCCCAAAUCCUUUUAGUGAUUGGCUGGCUCCCAAGCCCUAAAGAAUUCUUAACCUUUUUCACUUUAGGAUAUAGCAGCACUUAUCUUCAGCAGCAAACCAGAGAAAUGACCUCACUUCCUCAACUGUAUCCUGCUUUCCAAGUUCUCUACUAAUUAAGCAUUUAAUGUUUUUUUAGAUUAAUUUCCUUUGGAAAACCAAGGAGAAAGUAAAUAGAAGGAAAGAGAAGUGAGAAAUGGUUGCAUGACUAAGGAACAGAUACUUAAAAUCUGAAUGAAAAGUAUUUUGAGAGCAGUAUUUAAUCUGCUAAAGGUUAUAAGAAUUGUUUUAGAAAGAAGUUAGAAUUUAAUCUACUAGUAACAAAUCUCUAAAUGAAACUAUGGCAUUAUCUUCCUGGCAGGCAGAUUUUGUUAAUACGUUUUAUUCUGUGGAGAAAAGUUCUGUGGAACUUAAUAGUCAGUGGUCUUUUUCUCACCAGUGCUGGUGAUAAGUUUGGGAGCCCUUAGUGCUGUAAGGGGCCAAUGUCCCAAUCCUUAACCACAGAAAGAUGUCUGCUGCAGCCAGUGUGGAGAGUAGAUAAAUGUGGCCUGUUAACUGUAUUGGGCAGUUGUUGGGACUCUUGAAAUGGCAUCAACAUUGACAUGUUCUGAUUCUUUGGUCAGAGAUGGCAUGGCAUUCAUGACUUCCACCCAUCCCUUGGUACCCUUUAAACAUGACAGAGAACACUGCCCUGAUCACUGAAGGUCAUUGUCAUUCCAUGUAGCAUGUAACGUGCCACUAGGAGUUUUCUCAUUCCAGGUCUUCAGGCUUCAUUACACUGGAAUUAUUCUUCCAUAGUUUCCAACAUUCCAUAAAUAUUUGUCAAAGACAAAGAAAAGGAAUGUGCAUUUCUGUUCUUUUCAUAUAAUUGACUUUGUACACAUAACUUCCUGCUUUCAUUAUGGAGAAGAAACUAGCUCCCUUCUGUGGUAACUCCAAAGUUAAGAGAUUGUGCAUGUCUGAGGGGUUGGAUAUAUUUUGUAAAACUCUAAAUACGUUUGUAUUUCUGUGCUGUUCAGAAGUUUACCUUUUUACUUAUACUAAUUAAAGAUAUAGAAACUAUAUAUUUAAAUCAUGUAAAUGGAAUACAGUUUAGGGGGUUUUUCCAAUCUUAUUUUUCAUCAGCUUCUCACACACAUGUAGUAUGCUGCUCAAAUUUUUUUGUGUGCAAUAUAAACAUUUGAACAUUUCAGUCAGGUACUGAGCCAGAAAAGGUCAUUGAAGUUUUCAGAAAGCUUCUGUGCUUAGAAAAUAUUUUGUUGUUUUCUUAAAAUAUUAAUAUUUUAUAGCUGGAAAAAUAAGAUCAAGACUUAUAUGUUUCAGGCCAUUUGGUCAUUUGUUCCUAAAUUUAGGAAGCAUUUGAUUAAUGAGUUGGUAAAGGCACUUAGUGGUUAUAAAAAUAGUUUAGACAUUUGAGAUGAAAGACUUUCCACAGUUUCUAAGAAAGUUUAGCUUAGAAAAGUUUAAAAAGUUUUUUAAGGAAAUUUAGCUGUGCCACAUGUUUUGAUCAGAAAGGUAGUUUCUCCUUGUUCUAGUAGUUUUAUAAUUUGUAUUUGUUCUUUGUUUCUGUUGUCACCUGCUUUUAAAAAAAAGUAUUAAAAUUAUAAAUCACGUCUAAUCAUAUUGAAUUGUAAAACUUCUAUUGUAUCUUUAUUUUUAAAAAAAAAUGAGAAUAAAAUUAUCCUGUUUGUCCUGCA